CUUACAGUACACACACUGGACUCAGAGAGAAGUUUGUUUACUACAGCAGGAGCAGAAAGAUGAAAUUAAUUCACGUCUCCACCUUGUGGCUUCUCCCCCUGCUGCUAUUGGCUGAGCGGUUUGUCCAUUCAUCAUCUCGUCCCGCCAAAAGUUUGCCCCGCUGUGGCACGUUUGGAUCAAUGAUCCAUCAGGUGGACAGGCUGAUAAACUUAUCCAAUAAACUCCAUGACUUGACAGAUGAAGAACUCAUAAACUUAGACAAUGUAGAACAUAAACUUGACGGUCUUCCUCAUAUGCAACACUCUGCUGACUACUUCAGCUCACUGAAGUUGAACGAGUCACUCUCCCAGCUGUAUGUGCACGCUCAGUCCUUCAGACUGCAUGUUGACUGGCUGAACACAGGCAAACAAAACUUCAGUUUGUCCUCCCACUCGGCUGAGGGCGUCAGCACUCACCUCCUGCAGCUUUCCAACCUCGUUAACACAACUCUUCACCAGAUCAGUGAAGAGGUUCCUCAGUCACCGUCUCCAUCCCUCCCGGUUAUCGCCACAGCCUUUGAUGUGCUCCAGUUCUCUGUUGAAAUUUCUGAACGGUUAAAAGUCUUUUGUUACUGGUCAAAAAGAGUUUUAAGGAUUCUCCAGAAAAAAUCCUGCCACCCUAAAUAUUGACACUCCACCCUCAGCACAUAGGCAACCACAAAACCACUUUUAACAUAUAUGGUUUUUACCAUAUAGCAGCAUAAAUAUAUAUAUAUAUAUAUAUAUAUUAUAUUAUAUUAUAUUAAUAUGGAUGGAUUGCCAUUAAGUUCAGUACAGAUAUUCAUAGUGCCCAGCGACUGCAUUUUGAUGGUGACAAUAGUGAUCCACCUAAUUUUUUCAGAAUUAUGGCCCACAGGUAAAAGUUUUAAUUACUCACUUAUCCAGUGAAAUAUUUCAACAUCUACUUAAUGGAUUAACACAAAAUUUGGUACAGACAUUCACGUACCCCUAAAGAUCAAUCAUUUUGGUGAUUGCUUGACUUUUCCUGGAGUGCCAUCAUGAGGUUGAUUUGUGGUUUUGAGUGAAAUAUCUCUACAACUGUUUGGGGGAUUGCCAUGAAAUUUAGUACCUAUACCACCACCACCAGGCCAGUAUAUCAAUUAGUCCAGCAACCCAGAUUAUGACCAAGACCUGCAAAACAAAUGACAUUCCUAUUAGUGUCAGACUUUGUAUUUGUGCUGCUUAUCAAAAAUUUGCCUUUUUUACAUGCUAACCUGAAAUAUUGAUGAUGAACACAGUAAAUAUCAUACCUGCUAUUGUUGUGAGCAUGUGAGCAAGCUGACGUUAGCAUUUAGUUCAAAGCCCCACUGUACCCAAAUACAGCCUCUCAGAGCUGUUAGUAUGGCAGUAGUCUUGUUUACACAGGGUGAUGUGGGAACACGGGUUUAACAUCAAACAAAAUUUUGUAUGUCAUAUAAUCACAGAGCUGAAGCUGGUGGACACAAAAGUAGCGAGCGGUUGAGUUCUUGAUGUAUUGUAUGGGUGCUCUGGCGCUCUGUUUACACAAGUUUUCAACUCUGUGUAUGCCAUCACAUUAAUGUCUAUUCAGCAGUAACACAGAAUGUAUGUUUAUUGCAUGGAUGAAAAUAUGUACAUGCCACAUUUUACAUGCAGCCUUUUAAGACUGAUGCACUGUGCAGAGAUGCUCCUGCCUGAGACCUUUACUCCCUUUGAGAUUGUUUACAUUCACAGUGCCUGCUAAGUGUUAAUCUUCUUAAUGAGCUAAUUGACAAGAAAAUGUUGUGGAAUAUUUCGUAUUUUUGUACUGUUGUUUUUUAACCUAUUUAGGAUGCUAUUUAUGAGCUUUUUAUAUUAUGUAUGAGACUGUAUUAUAGUUUGAGAUGCGGGCAUCUCACUUUUUUCUAUGGGUAAUUAAUUAUGUAGUAUUUAAUAAUAAUAAUAAUAAUAAUAAAGUAUUGACAUACUGUAGUGACUUUUACAGAACUAUUUAUAUAUUUUGGAUGUUUUGUUUUUGUACG